AUGAGUUAUUUAGUUGAUCAGUACGGCCAGGAUGAUUCAUUAAAUCCGCGGAAUCCAGAGGCACGUGCUUUAGUUAAUCAACGAUUAUAUUUUGAUCUUGGCUCGCUUUAUGCGAGUGUAUACGCUUAUUAUAUAACUGUAAUACUUAGAAGAGAAACCGAUACACAUGAUCCAGCGGAAUAUGAAAAGUUAAAAGAAGCUUUCCAAAUUUUGAACGGUUUUCUUGAAGGACAGGAAUAUGUGGCUGGAAAUAAUUUGACAAUUGCCGAUCUUACUCUGGUUGUGUCUGUAACUACAGCAGAGGCUUUUGGAUUUGAUUUGGGAGAAUACCCAAAUGUUUCUGACUGGUUGGCGAGAGUACAAACAUCUGCACCUGGGUACGAAAAAGCUAAUGGAGAACCUCUCGAGAUGUUCAGAAAUGUCAUUUCACAAGCUGCACAAGGUAUUUAA